AUGGGGGGGUUUGGGGCCAUCAAGGUGCCACCCCAGCCCCGGGGUGUUUUUUAUCCCCUCAGGCUGAUCAAUGUCACCGUGGAGUUCCAGCUCAAGGCCAUCAACAUCCAGACGCUGCUGAACCACGAGAUCCCCGACUGCUACACCUUCAGCGUCACCGUCACGUUUGACAACAGCGCCCACAGCGGGCGGGUGCGGAUCCGCCUGGACACGCACGCGGCCAUCCGGGAGUGCCACCACCCCUCGCUGCCCCGCAGAGGUGACAGCUGGCUGCGGCUGUGCUUUGACGUGCUGGUGACGGCGGUGUGCGCGCUGUCCCUGGGGCUCUGCGCGCGCUCCAUCGCCCGCGGGCUGCUCCUGCAGAGG